ACCGGUUAGAUAUUGCAGUUACUACAUCUGCAAAAUGGCGAUCGACGACGAAAGACUGUUCGAGAACGAUCCUCCUGAGGAGGAAGAAGAAGAAGAGGAGGAGGAGGAUGAAGAAGAUCUUGUGGAUCCCAGAGAUGGCAUAUUGGAGGAGUGUCGUGAGGGUCAUCACUGUGAAGCAUUGAAGGAAGAGCUGGCGGUCUGCACCGAUAGGGUCUCUAGUCGUAGUAAAACAGAAGAGACAUGUACGCAGGAGCUGUUUGACUUCAUCCACUGUGUGGAUCAUUGUUCUGCUGAUAAGAUCUUCAAGAAUGUAAAAUGAUGUGAAUAUCCUGCCUGUAGUUACUUCACUUGAUUAGCGUCUUGUUGUUGGAUCAUCUUCAAGACUCUUCACACUGACCCGUUAAACCUGACCAUCUAUGGGGAUAAAUUCUUCCAGACAUCUCACACAGACCUCUUAAACUGAUCGUCACUUGGGAUACUUUCAUAAAGCUACUUAGCGUACAAAAUGAAAAAGCAGAGAAAUGUUUUGCUUCCUAAAAACUUUACCAGCUAGUUUGUCAUUUGAUGUGUAUUGUUUGCAUAUGGUUACCAGCUCUAGUUUGAUAGACCUCACCAAGGCAGUCUCAAGUUUGAUUUGGAUUAACAUUUUGAUGAAACUAGUUCCUGUUGAGCUGAAGUUUUACCAACCAUGCAAUAUUUUCAUAACCACAAGAUAGUAUUUUCUCUCAUGUCAAGUUAGUUUGGGUAUGCGGUCAUUUACUGUGCUAUGUAAAACUUAUUGAAAGUAAAACACAAAAGUUAUACCUGAAACCUCAUUCACAUGAUUUUGUUGAGUUGUUUUUUUGACUGAUAUAUUAAAUGUUGAAUAACUACAGCUAACUUUUUUCUUCAACAUCUAAUUUGCAAUUUUCAUUAAUAUUGUUUCCCCAAGGAGGAUGACAUCACAUAAGCUUGUUUGAUAUACUUUUUCAGAAAUUUAGUGAAUUGGUAUUCUCUGAAGCUUGCUUCAGAAAUUUGUGUUUACUAUACUUACAAAAAUGUUACUUGUAAAUUAGGCAAUAUUCUUACAGAUUUAUGAAGGUUUUCUCAAAAACGUGUCAACCUCAAAUUUGAAACAAAUAGCUCCAUUGAUCUCAUGAGUUUAUCUUACAAAAAUAUAAUAAUAUUUGUAUUUUACAAUAUUUUUCACAUCUAGUUUCAGCAAAAAUUCUGAUGCUGAAAAGUUCUUCUCACUAAGUCUUCGGAGUGAAAAAAAUGUUGUACCUCGAAUUUGCAAAAAUGUAUCUUGCGCUAUGUGCAGAAACUCUUUGUUUCGGUGCAUACUUGUGUGUUUGACAUCAAACGCGCAUGUAAUAAAAAUGCCAUUUUGGGAAAUACAACUUUUUCCAAUGACACAAUGAUGAAUUCAAUUAUAAAACUGUUAAAUUGGUUUGUGUAACACUUUUUUAUGCUGAAAAAAUAUUUUUAUGAACACAAUCAAACAAGUUUGGGUUUUUUGUUGUUCAUUCAGAAGUCAAAUUUGAUGAAACUAUCCAGUCUGAAUUUGCAUAUUACAUUAUUGUUGAAGUUAGACCUCUUUGAAGUGAGUUUGUGAUAAUUAUUAGUUUGAGUGAUUUAAUGGAUUGAAUGUGUAUGAUUAAUUUGAAAGAUUUUAUUAAGGUUUGUGAAGUCAUUAAAGCAGUUUAGUAAAAUUGA